AUGAAAGAGCAGCGUAGCACGGAGCUGCUCAUUCCCAAGCUGCCGUUCCAGCGGCUGGUGCGCGAGAUUGCGCAGGACUUCAAGACGGACCUGCGCUUCCAGAGCAGCGCUGUCAUGGCUCUGCAGGAGGCCAGCGAGGCGUACCUGGUCGGUCUGUUCGAGGAAACGAACCUGUGCGCCAUCCACGCCAAGCGGAUGACCGUCAUGCCCAAGGACAUCCAGCUGGCGCGUCGCAUUCGUGGCGAGCGUGCUUAA